UUGUUGCUGUUGCACUGUUGGUACAACCAGAAACAGAGGUGUGGUCGAUUAUCUUUUAGUGACUGCGGGUGUUUACAAGAUAAUCCACAUUAUGGUGAAUUGGCUCCACUUGCUCCGCGUCGUACUUCUUUCUUUGUUCUGGGAAGUGGUGCAACGAGAGAGCUAGAAAAAAGAAAAAAAAGAAAAGGCUGCAGAUAAAACAACCUGAAGUCACUGAAAGCUGAUGAGGAAAGUGGAUACUUUGGCUGGAUGAUCUGGAUGCGAGCGCGCUACUUUAAUAAUAGAUGUUUUAUUCGGGGAAAAGGGGCGAGACACUAACACACGCACAAGAGUGAUCAAGCGGCAACACCAAGCCCACUAUCGCCCCCUCCGGAUCCCACAUUGUCGUCUCAGUCAACGCACCCUUUGAGCUGCGUUGCCAGGGUGUGAAGGCGAUGCAGUGGCAGCGAGAAGAGCGGCCGAAGGUGCGGGGAGAGAAAAAGACCGAUGGGAUGUCGAUACUGCACAUCCCCAGGGCCCAGCCUGUUCACAUGGGCCGCUACAUCUGUCUGGAGGAGAGCUCCAUGGAGCAAGCCUCCAUUUACGUCUAUGUGAAAGAUCCUGACAAUCCUUUCAGAAAAUCAAUGGUGUACAACAUUCUCACUCGCGAGGGAAAUACUGCUUCCAUCCCCUGCCUGGCAACUGAUCCAAGUCUGGACAGCCUACGCCUGGAAACAUGUUCCAGUCAAGAUCUGGCCUCUGGUCUCCAGUUUUCUCCAAACCUGGAGCAAGGCAUCCUCAUCCACAACACACAAAAGGCCUACGAAGGUUGCUAUGUGUGCGCAGGAAGACUCGGCGAACAACAUGUGAAAUCGCAUCACUAUUUUCUGACAGUCAAACCAGUUCCCAAUGCUCCCCCUGUGAUUGAGAUGCAGGCGCCCAAAAGACUGAUUCUUACCCGGAAUCAGAGUCUCUACCUCGCCUGCAACACCUCCAACGUCAACGGAGACAUCCAACUAAAGUGGGUCACCCCACCUGGCUCGGGUGCCGUCUGGUAUCCACAGCAACCAGCAAAGGUUGACGUUGCUUCACGUAUCCUGACGGAGCACUUCACCCAUGUGCGCAGCACGAUAUUGAGCAUCACGGCGGUCAGACCAGAGGACAGCGGGAGAUACACAUGUGAAGCCGAGAACGAAAAAGGUGUCACUACGCAAUCAGUGUGGCUCGACGUUUAUGAAAAAGGAUUCAUUAACUUAACGCCUGCGGGCAACGGGACCAUACAGGUCCGUUCAGGCGAGAGUUUGCCUCUCAUUGUUGAAAUGGAGGCUUAUCCAAAGCUGCACACUAUCUCCUGGAGUUUCAUGGGCCAAGAGCUGCGCAACACAACCGACCAUGUCAUCACCACACACAGCCAUGAAUACAGGUACAGCAGCGAGCUGAGGCUGGUGCGGCUGAAAAUGUCAGAGGGUGGAGUUUACACCUUUCAAGCCUCCAAUGGCGACGCGUCAGUAAACCACACAUUCACCAUCUUUGUGAUCAGUAAACCUGAGAUUGUAUCCCAUGAGGGUCCAGUGGAUGGACAGGUACGCUGUGUGGCGGAGGGGUCCCCUGCCCCGCGGAUCACCUGGUACUACUGUGAGCAGCCCUAUGCCAGGUGCUCCCAACAGAUGAAUGCUACCCAGGAGGAACACAAUGUCAUCACCGUUACGCUCUUCAGCCCCAUGUUUGGGAAGACAGAGGUGGAGAGUCGGGUGAACGUCAGCAGGGGAAGGUUCAAUACUCUGGAAUGUGUGGCUACGGUGGAGGGAGAGCAGGCGUACACGCUCUUUUCCAUCAGCGAGAGGACUGUUCCUCAUGAUCUGUUCACCCCUCUGCUAAUUGGCUCUGUGUCGGCAGCAGGCAUCCUCUGUCUCAUCCUUAUCAUGUUGGUCUACAAGUACAUGCAGAAACCCGAAUACCAGAUUCAGUGGAAAGUUAUCGAGGGCAUCCAUGGAAACAACUAUGUGUAUAUUGACCCCACCCAGCUACCGUACGAUCACCAGUGGGAGUUCCCUCGAAACAACUUGCGCUUCGGGAAGACAUUGGGAUCCGGUGCAUUUGGGAAAGUGGUGGAAGCCACUGCCUACGGACUCUCCAAAGCGGACUCUGUCAUGACAGUGGCUGUGAAAAUGCUCAAAACGAGCGCUCACUCCACAGAGAAAGAGGCGCUGAUGUCAGAGCUGAAAGUCCUCAGUUACUUGGGAAACCACAUGAAUAUUGUCAACCUGCUGGGAGCCUGCACAGUUGGAGGUCCCACGCUGGUGAUCACAGAGUACUGCUGCUUUGGAGACCUCCUCAACUUUCUCCGCAGAAAGAGGGAAUCCUUCAUCUGCUUUAAGCUUGAGGAAGACUGCUACUACCGCAACGUCACGCUACAAAGAGACGCAGCUGGUGACAGCUUGAAUGGCUACAUGACCAUGAGGCCUUCUGCUGCUGGCAACGUGCCGCUCGGCUCAUCCUCUGAGAAGAGGCGCUCGAUACGCAAAGGUGGCUCCUACACUGAGGCAGAUGCCGAGAGCGAGCUGUUUGACGAGGACGGUCUGUCUCUGGACACAGAAGACCUUCUCAGCUUCUCGUACCAAGUGGCCAAAGGCAUGGAGUUCUUGGCCUCCAAAAAUUGUAUCCACAGAGACCUGGCUGCAAGAAAUAUCCUUCUGACUCAAGGAAGAGUGGCAAAGAUCUGUGAUUUUGGCCUGGCCCGAGACAUCACCACAGACUCCAACUAUGUAGUCAAAGGCAACGCCCGUCUGCCAGUGAAAUGGAUGUCUCCAGAAAGUAUUUUUGAGUGCGUCUACACGUUUGAGAGUGAUGUGUGGUCUUAUGGCAUCUUGCUUUGGGAAAUCUUCUCACUAGGUAACAGUCCGUAUCCUGGUAUGCCCGUGGAUGCCAAGUUCUACAAACUGAUAAAAGAGGGAUACAGAAUGGAUGCUCCAGAGUUUGCACCCAGUGAAAUGUAUCAGAUUAUGAGGUCCUGCUGGGAUCCUGACCCCUUCAACAGACCCCCCUUCAGGAAGGUCGUGGAAAGGAUUGAACAGCAGCUGUCAGAUGCCACUAAACAUAUUUAUCUGAACUUCAGCUCCAGGCUUCCUGUGACACCCAGAGCCAGGGAGGAGCCCAGUUCUCAGAGCACAUCUUUUCACCAUCUCAACUCAUCCGGCAAUAACAGCCCUCCGACUCAGCCCUUACUGGUCCAGCACGAGGUCUUCCUGGAAGAUACAACCCUCAAUGCCCAAUGGGUGUAAGGACCCACCCAAACACGUCUGGCUGCCUCCUAAAGUGCCUGAAAUGUUCCGCCACAAACCAUCCAACCACUACAACCCGCCCACCCCUCCAGUACCAGCGACAUGUGUUGACUUGAUAAUUGCCAGCUAUUGCAAGAAAGAACAACAAAGGACGAAUGGCUGGUUACCGUUAUCACUAUUAUUGCCUACUGAUUACAGUGAGGACAGUUGGACUAAUGCUUCUCUGCUCAUAGCAAAUGACUGUUCUGGCACCGGGGAGGGUGGAGGGACAUCAGCUGUUACUCUAAAACUGUCAUUAAGUACAUUAUUACACUGUUUUUCCACACAUUUCAUAAAGAUUGUUUUUUUUUUUUUUUUAGUACUCUGCAUAUAUAAACUGUUUCUUUCUAUCUAUUGGAGUUUUUUUUUCUUUGUACAUUUUGUGUUUUGUUAUUCUUUGUUGUUUUUUUUCUGUUAUGGAUAUAUUUAUGUAGCAUUUUUAUUUUUGGUUGGCUGUUGCAGUUGUUGGAGGAAAAAGAAAAAAAAAAGCACUUGAGGCACUUGAACUUGAACAUCAGUACACACACCACGUUAUGCAGCUUAAUGUUUCUUUUUCUGUUUUUGUUUUUUUUUUACUCUUCUAUUGUCAGUAUUAUAUCCAACUGUUCACAUCUGUGUUUUAUGAAGGACAUACUUUUUUCGGGGGCCAAUUUAAAAUUUAAAUUUAAAGACACUGGUAUAUAAGCUAUUUAGACAGCAUGGUCGGUCACAUGCUUAGAGUCCAUAAGUGCUUCAAGUCGAUUAGGAGAUACAUUUCUGCUCUUUUAAUGUCGGAUGUCACUACCUAGAGAGCAGCUGUCUUUACUGGCUCUGGGAUCAGACCUUGAUUACUUAGACAUGGUACGCUAGCUUUUCAUUUAUGUGCUUGUUGACUGUAUAUGUGUACAUAUCUGUAGGUGAUGAUAUUAGUCAUUGCUAUAUGAUGAAAUGGGAAGCGUCAGAGUUAACCAUUAGACAAAAGUAGACACUCUGAGAAGUAAUGCAGGUGCAUAGUUUCACUUUUUGACAGCUGGACUGCUGCAGAGUUCUCAUGUAAAAGUGUAAAUAACUGUUCAGGUUUAUAUCGUUGCUCUCCUGCCACAUCCAGUGUAUGAUCUUUGUUUACAAGCAUGAGACAGGUACUGCCAUUUCUGAGUUGUGUUUUCUCUGCUUUUCACCUGCUCCCCCUCUGUGAAGGAUCAGGAAAUGGGAAGCUUUCUGUUUUGGCUGACAGGCAGUGCUAAUAUACAGCAUAUAUCAUGGAUAGAGUCAAGGAGAUGCUCAUGUGAAAUGCCAUUUCGGUGGACUGCGGCAUUCCCUGAGGUGACAAACGAGAGGAAAACGGAGGGUCUUCAAGGCCGAAUGACUAGUCGGUACAGAGCUCAUUCUCGGUGUGGUCAUCUCAUUGUUCUCCGACCAGUUGCUGGUUUCCUAGCAGUCCUUCUCUUCUUUGUAUCCAGCUGUUUCCUCCAUCAGAAGUGGGACUUUCAGCACCUCUCAGCCAGUAGUCUGUAUCAGUCCAGACCAUUAUGAUUCCCCUCUUCCCACUGGUGGAUGUUGUUGUGAAAAGCACCAGGAAAGUGUCCUGUUUGUGUGUAUGAACGCAUGUGUGUGUGUUUGCGUGUGUGUGUGUGCGAGCAUGUCUUCUGGUCUUCGUGUGCAUGUCUGUAUGAUUGCAGAAUUAAAAGAAUUACUGUCAAGAGGUGCCACUACUAAAGAUUCAUCAAGUCGUUUAGGCUACUAAAACCCCACCGUCUUACUGCUCUUGUCUUUUUUUUUGUAAAUAUAAAUGUGCGUAUAUUGUAAAGUAAUGUUGAUGCUUUUGAAGAUGUUUAUCUUAAUGAAGAUGUGGUACAUUGAUGCAGAAUUUUAUCAUGCUGUAUUUUCUUACGUGUGGACAGAUUUUCCAACUGUAGAUUCUGGAAAAGCUGCUUGUGUGUCUGUCACCAUGGUAACUUAAACAGAAAAGAUUCACUUUGGCAAAUGUUUUGAUUUUGACUCAUAUUUCAUUAUUUCAACCAGUUAUGCCAGUUCAAUCGGUAACCGCCUCAGCGAGAAAGGCUUAACUGUUUCUACUGGUCAUAUCUGAUCUCAAAUAUUCAUGGAAAUAUCAAUAAAAAAAUGAUAUAUCUCACUGGGCAACCAAAAUGUUUCAGGAUAAUAGAGAUUACUCUUCAUUUCAUUGCAUCUAAAAAAGGUUUCCCUGCAUUUUACUACAUAUUUAUUAAAUCUGAGGCUUUAGUGUUACCGUGUACAUUUGAGGUGUUGCUAAUACAUGUGUCAAUGUAAAUAAAAUUGUGUAUAUUGAAUUCCCAAUUCAA